CAUUACAAUUUUUUUAGUUGAUUUUUUUCUUCUUUCUUUCAUAUAUAUCCAACAUGGUUAAAAACAAGGGAAAGGGUGGUAAAUCCAGAAGAAGAGGAAAGAACGAUACCGAAAACGACAAGCGUGAACUUGUUUUUAAAGAAGAAGGCCAAGAAUAUGCCCAAGUUACUAAGAUGUUGGGUAAUGGUCGUGUAGAAGCUCAGUGCUUUGAUGGUGUGAAACGUUUAGCACUUAUUCGUGGUAAAUUACGUAAGAAGGUUUGGAUUAACCAAGGUGAUAUUGUCUUGCUCUCUUUGCGUGAUUUCCAAGAUGAAAAGGCUGAUGUCAUCCAACGUUAUAACCCUGAUGAAGCCAGACAACUCAAAUCAUAUGGUGAAUUGCCUGAUACCGCCAAGAUCAAUGAAACAGACAAUGCCUUUGGUGGUGAAGAAGAUGAUGAAGUUGAAUUCGAUUUUGAUAUCGAUGAUAUUUAAAAUGUGUCUUAUUUUGUAGCAGACGACAUCUUUUUUAUUAGAGUUUUUAUACAUACAAAAUAAACCCAAAA